AUGGUUUCAGAUCGUUACAAAUGGUUUCAGAGCAGGACCCCUCUAGUAGAUGUGUGGUUCGAGGAUGAACUAGGCGGAAGCUGGACUCUAGAGCCCUAUAAGGCUAGGUUGGUUGCUCUUGGUAAUAGACAGGAGUAUGGGGUACACUAUGAGGAGACAUAUGCUCUUGUGUCUAAAAUGACUACUGUGCAAACAAUUCUUGCCAUUACUGCUUCACAGGGUUGGUUACUUAAACAAAUGGAUGUUAAAAAUACUUUCCUGCAUGGUGAUCUUAAAGAAGAUAUUUACAUGAAAUUUAUCUUAAUCAACCGACUUUAUCGAGAAAGAUUGCUAUUUUUAGGUCAAGAUGUUGAUAGUGAGAUCUCGAAUCAACUUAUUGGUCUUAUGGUAUAUCUCACUAUAGAGAGCGAGACUAAAGAUUUGUAUUUGUUUAUAAACUCUCCUGGCGGAUGGGUAAUACCCAGAAUAGCUAUUUAUGAUACUAUGCAAUUUGUGCGACCAGAUGUACAAACAAUAUGCAUGAGAUUAGCUGCUUCAAUGGCAUCUUUUAUCCUAGUUGGAGGAAAAAUUACCAAACGUUUAGCAUUCCCUCAUGCUUGGGUAAUGAUUCAUCAACCUAUUGCUGGUUUUUAUGAGGACAAAAUAGGAGAAUUUGUCCUGGAAGCAAAAGAACUACUGAAACUAUGCGAAAUCCUCACAAGGAUUUAUGCACAAAGAACGAGAAAACAUUUAUGGGUUGUAUCCGAAGAUAUGGAAAGAGAUGUUUUUAUGUCAGCAGUAGAAGCCCAAGCUCAUGGAAUUGUUGAUCUUGUAGCAAUUGCAUAAGAAAUAGUAGAAAUUUCAUGCAAAUCACGAUUGAAUAUUUUUUUUCUUACCGGACUUUCAAUUUCAAUUAAAUAUUCUUUAAUAUUCUAUUAAUUAUAUUAAUAAUAAUAAAUAUCAAUAAUAAUAAUAGAAUAUUAAUAUAGAAAAAAUGCAUAAUCAUCCGAUUAUGAUCGAUCUAAACCAGCCCAUUAUGCAUAUGAUUCAACAUGCCAACUAUUAAAAAACUUAUUAUAAACACAAGACAGCCAAUCAGAAACAUCACCAAAUCCCCCGCUCUCGGGGGAUGUCCUCAGCGCCAAGGAACAUGUACUAGGGUGUAUGUGCGACUUGUUCAGAUCGUGAACUUGGACAAAAGAAAACUUUUCCAGUAUCUAUGAUCAGUACGGAUGAAUAAGAUAAAAUAGAAGAAUCCCCUUCAUUAUCUAAAAAAAAAAAGAUCUAUCAUAUUCGUCUAUUGUGUAUCAAAUUUA